AUAUUUAUCUUUAAUUUAUUACUAAAUAUUUUUUCAAGCUUAUUUUAGAUGAUAAAAAGUAUUUAAAUUGUGAUGAAAUACUUUGUUAUAUAUAAGUAAUUUAUUAUCAAAUAUUAAAUGCAUGAACAAUGAUUUAUUAUAAUGGUUUUUAAAUUGCUAAUGUAUCUAUCUAUAAAUAUAUAUAAAAUUAUUAUGUUGUGGUAAAUUUUAUGUUUAUUAAUUCAAAGUAAAUAUAUAUAUAUCUAUCUUUAAAAAUUAGUAAUACAAAGUUGUGGUAAAUUUUAUGUUUUUGAUUAAAAGUUAAUUAAACAGGUUAAGAUUUGUGAGUUUUUUGUUAAAAGCAAAUAGAACAAAGAAUUAAAAGCAAAUUCUAAGUUUUUUUUUUCCAGAAAGCGAAACAAAAUUUUAAUUCCGAGUAAGACCGAGGACCACCCCCUUCUCUUCCCUUUUUGGUGUCCAGCGUUCUACCUUAACGGUACACAAGACACACAUUUGCUUGCUUUCUUCCCUCACUGCCUCAAAAUCGAAGAGUGAACAUCUAAUCUCCUCCUGAAUCAUACCCUCUGUUUUCUUUCUACAAGUGUCAAGAACAUCAUGGGCUCUCUUCUCUUUCUCUUAAAGGAGAAGAAGGGAGUAUUGUGGAGAGGUUUGAAGGUAUCAGCAAUCUUUGGUCUUGGAUUCUGCACGCAUAAUGCUUUGACCAUUUAUCCAAAUGAGUUGAGUAAAAAAUCCCAAAAGGCGUUGGCUAAAGCGAAGUAUUUUGAAGAGGAGUAUAGGGCUAGGCUGGCUAGGGUGAAAGAACGCAGAAAAGAGUUGGACGAGAAUCUGCAGAUCUGCAGGGAUGGACUGGCAAAUGUGGAACAGCUUAAAAGAGAACUUGAAAAAGCUGAGAGGCCCGAACCUGUGGAAACGUGUUGUGAAUCUCAUGAAGAAUCUGUGUGGAGUUUCAUAUGAGCUAAAUGGAUCACAAGAAACGAUCUGAUUUGGUGCAGAACAGGAACCAAACUAAUUAAUUACUAAGUAGCUGAAGGCUGUGAUUGUCUCAUUAAUAUUAAACAUUGUAUUCACAACUCCGGUCAUGGUCUCAAAAUGUAUGCAAAGGGUUUUGGUACA